GCUAUCCACAUAAUUCAAGUAUGCGCUUCAAAAAUCUAAGAUCUUCACGGUACCCAGCUUCUUUUCUCCGAGGGAUACCUCAGAAAACUAAAUCCAGUCUAUUACUGGAUUUAGUGAUGAAGAGAAGGCGGGAUAGGAGGAAAUUUAGAGGCAUCAAAGAGUUCAGAUCAACAAAGAGAACAAGGGUGAGAGGAGGGCUGGAGAUGGUGAAUCUCAAGCUUUACUGCGAGAACAGAAGCAUAAUGGAGGAGAACAAGAGGCUGCGGGAAAAAGCUCUUCACCUUCAAGAAGAGAACCGAGCUUUGCUUUCUCGUUUACGUGCUACUGCUCAAGCGACUAGUGAGAGGGAUUGAAGCCUUAAUUAGCCUCUUUUAGCAUGUCGAAGGAUUCACUUUUCUUCUAAGUGAAAAAUAUAUGUAUCCUACAUGUUCGUGUAUGGCUACGGUGCAAUAAAAAUGUAACUGACGGUGAGUAAUGGCUUUUGUUUCAAAGAUAUAGCCAGCAGAUGACUGCUAAUUUAAAAGAUUUGGUUGAGUUGA